UGUACACGAUCUAUUAACCACCAUCAUCAUCACAAUCUACCCCAUCAUCAGUAUCUUACAUCUAACAACCAACCAUCAUCAUAUAAUUAUCAUCUAUCAAUCAUCACUCACCAUUACCAUCACUAUCACCAUCAUCUAUUAUCAACCAAAUAUCAUCAUUAUUACCAUCAUACCACAAUUUUCCACCAUUUGCAUCCUACUACAUCUAACAAUCAUCAACCAUAACUACCAUUUAUUAAUCAUCAUUACCAUUACUUUUUAUCAACCAGCCAUUAUAUUACCAUCUAUUAUCACCAAUCAUCAUCAUCAUCAUCAGGACACAUCAUCACAAUCACCAACCAUAACUACCAUUUAUUAAUCAUCAUUACCACUACUUUUUUAUCAUCCAACCUAUUAUAUUAUCAUCAUCUAUUAUCACCAAUCAUCAUCAUCAUCAUCAGGACACAUCAUCACAAUCACCAACCAUAACUACCAUUUAUUAACCACCAUUAUCACUACUACCUUUUAUCAUCCAAUCAUUAUAUUAUCAUCAUCACCAUCAUUAUCAUCAGGACCACAUCAUCACCAUCAUCCACAACAAUGUUACAUACAAAAAUGUUUCACUCUUUUCGAUUAGCUUCGACUACUAAUAUCUCCUUCGACUACUAAUAUCUCUCUCUCUCAUUUGUUUGACUUUAGCCAUAUGUUGUUGUUA